AAUUCUCUCCUUCGCUCCUCUCUCUCCUCUCUCUCCUCUCCCUACCUCUCUCUCUAUAAAUGUCCCUGCCCUCGAACCUGUGGAAGGCUUUCCCCUGUCCUUGGGGUUUCUGAUCGGAGAAAAGAGAGAAGGAAAGGAGACACCAUCCCUUCCCAAAGUCUCCAGGAACCCAAGAAACAACUACACCAAAACCUCUAUAGAGAAGUAGAGAGACAGAGAGCGAGAGAAAUUUUUCGCUUCCUUCGUACUUUCUUUUCCCAUUUCGGGGGUAUAAUUGAAACCUCGGUGAUCUCCUCCUUUAAUCCCUCGAUCGCUCCCUUCCAUUUCCCCUUUCCCCAAAAUCAUAGCCCUCCCUUUUCUCCCCUUUUCCUCUCCCUCCCCCAAAUCUCCUCUCUAGGGUUUCUCUUCUUGCUUGAUUGCUUGAUUUUGGUCUCUUCGUCUGGGGUUUGGCCUCUUUGAUCGCCACCAGGACGAGGGUUCAGUGCCUGGAUUGGGUGAUAGGCUUGGAGAUUGGAUCAUGAGCCAUCUCGGAGGUAUUCAGUUUGCGUAGCUGGCUCUUGUUUUGUCCUUUUGAUCGUGUGCUGUGACAUGGUAGUGGUUUUCCGGGCCAUGGAAGAAGACUGCACUUUAAAAUUCUGGUGGGUUUUACUCCGAUUCUGGUACUUCUGCUGCUGGUAUUACUGUGACUGAGCUUCUUUGAGCAUUUCUUGGUGUUUUGGGUGGUGGAAGCCGAGUGCUGGAUUUCUGUGCAAAACCACGGACAGAUAUCUCGAGAUUCCUUUUGGGUUCACAGUCCAUAAUAGGGAGUUUAUAGUCGGCAAAUUUCCUUUAGAAUUUGCUUUCGGUUCCAUUUUUCGUCUGGUGUUUAUCCCCUUGAAUGAUUUUAGCUAACUGCUGUUGUGCAACGUGGGCUGUGACCCCGGCGUGCUGAAUUUUUGUGCCAAACGGUGCGUGAGUUUCGUGAGACUUCUAUUUGGGUUCUCCUGGUAACAAGUUCACGGAUUUAGCAUUUAUCUGGAGAAUUUGUUGCCGGGCUCAUUUAUUGCUUGCCAUCUGCAGCAAAGUCUGGCCAGCUUCUACUUGUCUUGGAGGUUUUCAGUUCUCCUUUGGUUGGUUAGGGCGGUGAAUUGUGGCACAUGGAAAUAGAACAGUUUUGAAGCUGGAAAUGAGUGUAGGACUAUGGUGCAUGGACAAGUGCAUGGUUGGUGGUCCGUUCCCUUACUGGAACAGCUGUACUGGAAACUAAGACGAUUAGACGUUCUGGGGGUUAUUGUGCAAUGUCUCGCUGCUUCCCCUUUCCGCCGCCAGGAUAUGAAAAGAAGCCAAGGAGUGAUGACAUAGAUUUCCUAGCAAAGGAGAAGCGCAAAGAUAAGAAGCAUAAAAAGGAGAAGAGGGACAAGGAAAAGAGAGAAGGUAAAGAAAGAAAGGACAAGGACAGAAGCAGAGAUAAGCACAAGGAGAAUAAGAAUCGUAAGGAAAAGCACAAGGAGAAGAAAAGGGAUAAAGACAGGGACAAGGGGAAGAGUGCAGCUGCAGAUGAUAAAAAAAUUGAAGAACGGACCAAAGGUCACAUUGAACAGAAGCUUGGGGAUGGCAGCCGGAAGGCUGAAGAAGUCAAAAAUUCUAAAUUUACAGAGGAAUUUAGCAGAAGGAUCAAAGAUGAAGGGGCAGCAGACAGAUUGCCUGAGAACUUUGCCGGUUCCAUUCAAAAUGAGACCGAAGGCUUUGGUGCUUCAAUUGCCUCGAAGAAGGAUAAAGGUAACAGAAAUGAAAUGGCUGCAAACUGCAUUGCGAAAGAGCCAAGAAGAGAUGAUGCUUUGGGCCAACCAGUGGAAAUGGAUCCAGACAAAAAGAUUGAGGGGGAGGAAAAAGCGAAAGAUAAGUAUGAAAUGCUCGCAAACCUCAUUAGUAAAGAGCAAAGAAGAAAUGAUGAGAUGGGCCGAGCAGUGGAGAAAGAUGCAGAAAAAAUUGUGGAAGCAAAGGAGAAGGUGAAAGACAGGCAUGGAAUGGUUGCGUACCUCUUCUGUAAAGAGCAAAGAAGAGAUGAUGGGAUGGGCCAACCGGUCAAGAAGGAUACAAACAAAAAAAUUGAAGGGAAGGAGAAGGCAAAAGAUGAUGCAGACAAAAAGAUUGAACGGAAGGAGAAGGUAACAGACAGGGAAGCUUACGUUGGCGAGGGAGGCAAACUCAAGGAUAGAGAUCACAAGAAGAGACCCAAAGGACAGGACAAAGACAGACAUAAAGAGAAGGAAAAAGUCGGGGAGAGAAAAAGGGAGAAAGGUGAACACAAACAUAAAGCACAUGGUAAAACAAGAGACAGUGGAAAAAUGGAUCAGAUAGAAAAUCUAAUCAUCAAGCCCUCAGUCCCUCAGAAAGACAAUGAAAAGUGUGCUGGUACUGAUGGAACUAUCAAGAAGAGGAAAGACUUCGAGAUAAAUGGGUUUUAUGAAAUUGAUGGGCUCCCUAAUAAGCUUCCGAGACCAGCGUCUUCCUCACGCCUGCAUGUUGAGAAUGGAAGAACAUUGGAGUCAUACAAUGUUGCUAUGGGUUAUUCUUCCGUCAAACAUGAAACCACAAAUAACAUCAACGCUGAAAGAGUUCUAGACAGUAAGGAAUGCAAGAUAAAUGGCGUCGUAGGACUGCCACCAUCUACGGUUGACAUAAGGCCUUCAGUUUCUGUAUUUACCAGUCAGAAUGGCAAACCUUCUGUAAAACCACCUCACCCAGAUGCCAAGUUUCUUAGCCAAAUAUACUCCAUUCCAAAAAUGGUGGAAUGGCCUGAAUAUGAUAACCAGGACUGGCUGUUUCACAGUGAUCCUCUUCGGCCAAAGCCUAAGGCAAGUUUCAAGGCUGAAGAGCCACCUCAGAUGUGGGCCAAGGGACAGCGAAUCGAGUCGACAGAUGUUUUUGCUCUGCCCUAUGUCAUUCCUUACUGAUAUUGGACAAGAUCUUCGUACCACCUGGCAAUGCUGAUUUAUGAGACACCUGUUGAAGGUGCGACAGCAUCAUGAAACUGAUGGAAGCAUUUUUCUUGCUGCAAUCUCUUGUUACUGUGCUCCUCUUGUUUCAGGUAUGAGCUCAGACUUGUUGCGGUGUGUAAUACAUGGUAGUGCAUCACAGCUAUAAAUGAUGUCUGUUCCCAUUCAUUGUGUGCUCCCAAACAAUAGAUUGGUGCAUAAUAUGCUGGACUUGGAUCCAACAGGUUCUCCGUACCUAAUUUGAGUUCAUUUAGAUAAUGAGGUACAAAAAACGAGUUCAUUGGAGGUCCAAAGUCCACAGCAUGGUACGGGAAAAGUUGGUAGAGCAUACACCCAUAUUUAGUCAUAUAGUUUGUAAUCUUAACAGAUGUCUUUGCUGCAGUACUGCAAUUUUGAUUUGUGUCAUGUAAAUCUUCUCUUAUAACAAGAAAUGUACAAUAGAGGGAAAAAAAAGGAAAAAGAGGCCAUUAUGAUUUAUUCAUA